UGCGAGAAACUAGGGUGCACUACCAAAUACUUUAACGUGGCAGCGACAUGCAUUAGAAAAUUUCGCUGUGCUCCUCGACUUAUUACAUACUCUUCUGUGAAUUGGAAUGUUGUGGUGGUGGCUGUGCAAAACAACAACGGUCGACUUUUCGCAAAAGGUGUAGCAAAACCUUAUCAGUUCAACUGCAGCGUCGGCAAAGGAAGGAACGUACCAAGUUUUAUAGGCCGCACUGCACACUAUUUAUCUGCCUAACCAACGAAGAACUCGCAUUAGUACAAGUUAGAACAAAAGGGAGCCAUACACAGUUUUAGCUUUGAUGAGAAUAUUCUUCAGGGGAAAGUGACAGUUGCACGAUUCUUGGUGUAAGCAGCCAAGGAACGAAAAUGCUGCUGUCCUCCUCACUUCCAUCGUUUCUGACGACGAUGACGACGACGUGAUGAGGGAGAAGCAGAGUGGUGGUGAAAGUGGUGGUGAUUUGUGAGAUUGAGGAAAAUGAGACGGGUCGGAGAUUGCUUCUGUCCUGCUCCGGGACUCCAUGGACCAGGCCCGGGCGGAAGUGGCAGAUCUGCAUCUGCAUCAACAAGUGGUUCAUCCUCAGUCGGGGUGACGGUGAGGAGUGUGUUUGUGGUGGGUGUGCUGGUGGUGUGUGGCCUUGUGGGAGGAGGUGUGAGGGGGGAGAUUGGUGGCCUGAUAACCGUCCCCCUCGUGCUGGACAGAACCUCAUCGCCCUACUUUAUCAGGGAAGAUGUUAUCGUGGACCACUCGGGAGAGCUGGUCAUUAGGCCAGGUGUUCAACUCUAUUUCUCGCCGACGGUGGGCAUCACCGUGUUUGGAAGACUUAUUGCAGAGGGGACGAGCACUCAGCGGAUCGUGAUGACGAGUGCGACGCUCAAGAUCCCAGCCUCCGCCCUCAACGAAAGACUGAACGACUCGAGCGUCCUUGGCGCCUUUGAUGACAACACGUUGUACUCUUCCCCCCUCCUCGAGUACCGCACAAGUCCCCACCCCAUCAACAAGAAUAAGAGGGCCUUGGGAGACUACUUCCAGCGAGACCGAGGUGACCCUUCCAUCCGCCUGAUGGAAGGCCCGACCCCACUCAUCGGCCGACUGCAGGUCUACCACCGCUCCCAGUGGCGAUCCGUCUGCACAAACUCGAGAAAUUGGACCGUGUCGGAUAUGCAAACGGUGUGUCGAGAGCUUGGUUUUACUGGAGGCGAAUUUUGGAAUUGGAUGGACCAUUUGAAUGAUACGAAGCAAAUGUUGUGGGAACGACCAACCUGCCAAGGUUUGGAAGGCCAUCUCAAAGACUGUUCAAAUUGGCAAGCCCGACAAUUGGGGGCGGGUGUUUGUGACCACCACCCGAACUUGGGAAUCCGCUGCGACCCAUUUCACAGAUUCCCAUCCAAAGUGGAUCAGCACUGGCGUGGCAUCCGCUUUGAGAACGCCAAGUAUCGAGAAACCUACAUCAACGACAACACGCUCCGAGUGCGAGAAUCCAACUCUUUUCUGAAGCAUGUCGACCUUUUCUACGCGGGUGUGGGGACGACGUACAACGCGUCCUCCGCAGUGGAAGCCUACGGCGUGCCCCCCGUCAUCUCGGACGUCCGCAUCGAGUACUCGGCCUACAACGGGAUCAACUUCACCAACCCGGGCGCAAUUAUCAACAUUCGCAACUCGACCAUUAGAAAUAAUGCUGGGUUCGGAGUGUACGUGAACAGCUCGUGGGGUGGUUGUCAUUUGGACACGGUGACGCUGGAGUCGAACGGGAAUGACGGGGUGAGGUUUCUUUUCCACGACGCUAUUCCCGAUCAGAAACUGGACGGGAUCGAAGUUUUUGACCUCUGCACAGCCCCCGUGGCUGGCCAACUCUACCCCACUCGCUUCUAUUUGGACCAGAGUGAGAAUUCGCUCGUGAGGAAGGAAUGUCGCAAGACGUUCCAAGUGAGACCCGGCUACGUGUUGACGAUGCACUUUCCCUACUCGAUGAGCAAGGUGGACUAUGCGGCGGAGAUAAGCGUGUAUGAUGGUCCCGACUCUCGGGGAAACCUGUUGACCACAAUUCGUGUGAAGAACGAGACCUUUCCGCAGUCGGUCACGGGUAUGAGGGACACGAUCUACCUGGAAUUCAAGGCCAAACCGGCUGUCAGGGUCCUCUUCUACGUCGAACUCUCUGCCGGGAAAGGUAAGGAUUACGACCUCAAAGUCUCCAACUCCGUCCUCGCCAUGAACAACGGACGCGGGCUGGCGGUGGAGAACAUGCGAAGCCAAGUGAUCGUCCACGCGUCCUCCAUCAAGGAGAACAGCCACAUCGCAGGGAUUCACAUUCUCGAGGGCGUCGGGUUCGUCAACAUUUCUCGGACAGAAAUCAUGUCGAAUAUCGGCGACGGGCUGAACAUCACAUACGGCGGUGGGUCACGAAACAUUUCUCGCAGUCUAAUUGCGGCCAAUACGAGGCGAGGAAUUGGAGUUUGGUUCAACGAAUCCUCCAUCAAACUCCCAUCUGAGCAGGAAACUGUGGUGGAAUACACUGAAAUCUCAAGGAAUCUGGAGGCUGGGAUUUUUGUGGGCAACUUUUGUGGGAAUGCGGUGGUGAACAUUAGUGGGAAUGUGGUCAAGGAUAGCAAGAAACCUGGGGUAGAAGUGUGGUCGUGCUGGUCCAAAGUUGGUUCAUUCAACUACGGCCAUCCCCUCAAACUGAAAAUUGGGCAUAAUCGAUUCAUCAGCAAUGAUCACUUUGGCAUCAAGUUGAACCCUCUCAUCAACGCCAUCGGGGUCAUUGAGCACAACUACUUCAGCCUGCACAACAAAGGCUGCCUCGUCAUCCAGGGUGUGGACUGGAAGGAGCUGGAAACUCUGCCCGUCAACCUAGAAGUGUCCAACAACGUAUUUGAGAAGAACACGGGUCAGUUCGUGGCGUCGCUGGGGCUGAAUCACCACGCUCCACGACAGAAGCUCACCUUCACUCAGAAUUUUGUCCGCUGGAACACAAUCACGGAACCAUUUUCGAGCCAACUCAACCCGAGGAGCAGAGUGGCCGCUCCCGUCGUCAUCUCCUCCGCCAACGUGGACGUGUUUCGAAACAUUUUACAAAAUCCAGACUCCAAAUAUGAGAUUGGGAGUCACAUGACGGACCAGAGUUUCUCUCUCAACUGCACCUACAACUGGCUUGGGAGCAAGGACGAGAAGGACAUUUAUUAUCGCGUCUUUGAUCGAAAAGAUCGCUUCAAUUUGGCCAAAAUUAACUUUAUUCCCUUCAUUCUGUCACCAACGGAUCCCAACACGGAGAUUGCAAUGACGAUGACACUCUUCGUCCCCACCUUUGACUCUGCAGACCGAAUGAUUGGGGGGGAAAUCACGGGGAGAGAGUCGCUUAAUCAUGGAGAGUACAAGGUCGUCCGAGACAUAAGUGUCCGACCUGGUGGUCAACUUCAGGUCGCAUUCGGUGUGACGUUGAAGUUUCUUCCGUCAGUGGGGAUCAUGGUGGGAGGUCAAUUUCAUGCCGAAGGAUUUGCCCACGCCGAAGGUUCCAACGUUCGGUUCACACUCUUUGACACGGGCAGAAUUAACUCCACGGACGCCCCCGUUCGCCUCGUGGGAGGAAGGACGCGAAAGGACGGCAGACUCCAGGUGCGAGUGGGGAACACUUGGGGCUCGGUGUGCAAUUAUGGGUUUGAUGUUGACGACGCUGCCGUGGCAUGUCGUCAAAUGGGCUACGUUCUGAAUGCGGAUGAUUGGAUGUUGGAGAGGGUGGAAAUACCACAGGCCACCCCGUCGGAAACCAUUUUAAUGAGCAAUCUCCAUUGCGACGAGUGGGACCACGAUUUGACCCAGUGUGACGCAGAGAUGAGCGAGGACAUUGAAAACUCCUGCCUGCACGACAACGUUGUUGGGAUCAAGUGUUAUGACACGUCGUGGGCUGGAAUCAGAAUGGCCAUUACGGCCGACAAGAGUGUCAUCAAAUACUCGGUUAUAGAGAAAGCUGGACUGCUCGAUCCGCACACCAACGAGCACAAACCAGCCCUCCAGUUGGACUUUAGUCACCACGUCCUCUCCGACAUUUCCGUCUCGGACAACACGGGGGACGGCCUUGGCAUCAUUUACUCGGAUUUAUACUUUCCCGACACGGUGAACGUGGUGGAGCGGUCCGAGUUCAAAAGGAAUCUGGGCAACGGGGUGCUGCUUCGCCAGUUGGGCUUGGAGUUGAGAGACUGCGUGGUCGAGCACAACCGUGGGGCUGGGAUCCUUCACGACCCGGUCAUCACGAGGGCUCAUCAACGGGAGAUUGCAGGCUGGGUGACGGUGGGGAAAAAGGAUCGGAUUGAGACGAUCCCACUCCAAGGCAAGGACCUCUUCCUGGACGAGAACAUUUACAAAUAUCUCAUCACCAAGACGGACCCAAACAUCAACGAGGUGUACAACGUGUUCGCCCAAGAUCAAAACUUUGUCAUCUCCAUGCAGCUGCUCAACCCCAUUCACAACGACAGCACGGAGGAGAUGAUCAUCUAUGACCGGCACGACAUUCCGGCCAAGGAGGGAACCGAGUUUUUCCACGACCUCGAGUCCUGGUCCGUCACACGAGACCAGGUGUCCUUCCCCACGGUGAGCAGCUCCUAUGGGAUCACAAUUUGGUACCGCAGCGGGUCCAGGCCUCGAGGAAACUUGAUCCUCUUGGUGAGAGUGAUCCGUGCUCCCAUCAGCCGGUACGCGAGGUCACGACUUUUGGAGGGUCCACUCCCCAAACUCAAGCUCAUUGACUCCAAAAUCCGGUACAAUGGGAGAGGAAUUGCUGCAAUCCAUUACAAUCGGUACGAGAAUGAGGACGGUGACCUGUUUCUGAGAAAAGCCAAUGAGUCGAUGGAGCUUCUCCGCUGUGAGCUGUCCUUCAACCGGGGAGAAGCCUUCCAUGUCUUCACACCAUUCAGGGAAAUUUACACGUCAAACAUUUCCGAAAUCACCUUCAUGAUUAACAACACGGUCAUAUCCGACAACACAAAAGGGCUGGUGCAGUACAGCAAGGAUUUGCGAAGCUCGAACAACUUGUACCACUGGAUUCUGAGGGAUAACGUGAUUGAGCGGAACAAGGAGGGCGGUUUCCAGGUGUCGCUUCCCUACGUGUGGCAGUACGACGAGAACCACACGCACUCGGUCCAUUUCGAAAACAUCACUUUCCGGAACAAUAUGGACUUCGAGACGCUGAUUGCCGGACAUUACAGCCAGCUGCACGUGAUUGGCAGUCUCUUUGAGAACAACAUGUGCAAGGGGGGACUCUUCAGUGUGACUGGGAUGGAAAAACAAAUGCUCAUCUUUAACAAUCAAUUCAUCAAUAAUCAAGGCUCGUUUGCCGUCCAAUUCGACACAGAUUCGCAGUCAGAAAUCGUGGGGUCCGUGUUUGCGUAUUUCGUCCGGAACCAAGUCAAGUACAACAGGAUUAAUCCCCGUCUACGAAACGAUGUCAAGGCCAUCAACAAUGCGACGUAUCAACCAAUGAGCUACGCAUUGGGACUUAAGGGCCAUCAAAAGGUGAACGUGACCAAGAACCUGUUUGGCGAUAACCAGCUCGACUAUGAACUCUUGGCUGGGACGAAGACUGCCAAAUUGGACAAUUAUGUCAACGUUAUUCAAAACUGGUGGGGCACCUCGGAUCCCAAGAAAAUUCGCGAGAGAAUAUUUGACUUUGACGACUGGAACAGUUACGCCAUCGCCACGUACAGGCCGUAUCUCCUCCGCGACGAUUUCGACUCCCCGUUCUCCACAACCUUUGAGCCAGAGAAUGAAAUCACGAUCGACACUCUGGGCGGACGACUUCUCCACCCGCUCACUCUGUACCGCCGAUCUCGACCUUACGUCGUCAAGGCGGACUUGACCAUCAUGCCCAACGCCAUGCUGACCAUUGGGCCUGGUGUUGAGCUCGAGUUCUACCCCAGCGUGGGAAUAUUGGCACUGGGACCUUUGAUUGCCCAAGGCCUGCCCGAAGCCCCCAUCGUCAUGAAACCCAUCAUGUUGAAAAGGAUGGAGGAAUUGGAGCUGAUGGAGAGGGCGAGGUACUUGGACGACUCGAUGCACAGGGAGAAGGGCGUCCGGCUGUGCGCGGAGGAAAAGUGUGAGCCGGGCAUCAACGAGGGUUUCCUCGAGUACUUCAACAAGACGACGCUGCAGUGGGUGCCCAUGUGCGACAAUCGAUUCACCGAGAGGAACGUCCAAGUGGUUUGCAAGCAGUUGGGCUUUGACGACAUGAACGUCUACUUGGACUACGGCAAGCGGUGGGAGUACAUGUACAACCACGUCCCCGUCUCUCGUGUCCGCAUGUGGCCCGAACCAUUUCAGUGUGUUGGGAAUGAGAAAACCUUGGACGAGUGCCCCAUCCGGAUGAACGGCCAACUUUACGGGUACGACUAUCCGUGCCACUGGGAGAAUGACUUUAUCUUCAUCCAGUGUGGGCAAAGGAAUCUCAAUAAAACGAUGGAAUAUUGGGGUGGAAUUCGAUUUUCCGUCCCGGAUUUUGAGCAGCACCUCUUUGAAGACCGAAUGCACGACGCGGUCACUCACAACAGCUACACCAAGGAGGAGAGUGUGUUGGAAUGGGUCGAAAUCUACGGGGCAGGAGUUUUGCAUGGUGAGAAGAGUCCUGCAGUUUUGAGCAUCAUGCAGAGCCCACUUAUUCGAUAUGUGAACAUUACAAAAUCGGCCUCUCACGCCAUCUCACUCAUCUCGGCCCCCAAAACGAUGCGAAUGUCAAAGAACUACAUUGUAGACAACAUGGGGCUCGGAUUCAGUGGCCUUUCUCUCCUGGGUGAGUCUCAACAGUCCGACUCGAGUUCCUUCUACCCUCUCAAAAAGAUUGAAAUUCCAUACGGCAUUUUCGGCAUGGUGGACGUUUGUGACACCAACAAAGAGAUCAUUGUGGAGGAGAGGGUCGUGCUCUACUACAAAUACGACAACUUUCCAGUCGACUGCGUCAAAAUCUUCAAAAGCGUCUACAACGCUAAGAAUCUAGGCUUCCGGCUGUUGCAAUUCAAUUUGUUCAACUCAACCGGAAAACCUUGGCCGCCAGACUACAUUAAACUCAUUGACGGUGAUAUUUACAACAUCACGACGGAGGAAAUUGCCACGCUGACCAUGAGUGACGAGUCCAACCCACUCAACAAGUUUUAUUCCACCAGUUGGCCAAGUCUCAGUGUCAAAGUGCACGCCACAGGUGCUACGGAAUACAACGGAUUUGUCGCCGAGAUCCUGACACUGCCAGUUUCCCCUCACGGAAUUGAGCGCAACGUGCAGCACAACAUUACGUACACAAUAUUCCAGAACAAUAGCCGAGGUGCAGUGUACUAUGGUUCUGCUGGGGAAAUUAGCCCGACCGUCACACUCGAGAAGAACCGGAUUGAAGACAAUUGCAUGAAAUUUUAUGGGAAUUUCUCCAGUUGUGAAAGUGCGGUUCGAUUCGAUGUUCAAAACAUGCAGCACAUUUAUUUUAUGAACAAUGUUGUUCGGAGGAACCAGGGUGGUUUGAGCAUCACUGCCGACUCGAGCGGCUCUCCCACGGCGAUGAAGGGCUACGUGUACAACAACCUCUUUGAGAACAACACGAACCGAGAAGUCCUUCACGUGGAAGGAAAACGGAGCAGUCCUUUUCAAGAAAUUGUAUUUUACAGAAACAUUGUGACCAGGAAUGAUGCCAACUUUGCAAAUGUCGUCACUCUGAGCCAAGUGGUGUCCAAUCUGACGGAAAAUUAUUUCCAUUACAAUCGGGGAAAUUAUAUCAUGGAAGUCUCAGGAUUUGAGAAAGUGCGACUCCCAAUCUACCAGUCUUGCACCCACAACUCCUUCUUCAUGAAUAUUGCAAUUGACGUGGAGGACAAAACUACCAUCGUUGCUGCCAGUACGGGGCAGCAAUACAUUGACAAUAUAUUUGUAAAUCCGGAAAAUUCCUACGAGUUGGUUACGGUCAACAAGUCACGACCCAGGGCUCUUCAAAGCUACGACUGGACGAGCGCUGUGGAUGCUCGUCACAAUUGGUGGGGAUAUCCCGGCACGAUCGCCGUCAUGGGGCGAAUCAAAGACGAAAACGACAACAUUGACCUGCUCCGCGUCCUCUUUGACCCAUUCCGCGUGGACAACAAGACGUUGUUGAGUGGAAAAUGUCCUCCUGGGUACACUCUGGUUGCCGAGACGUGCUACAUGUACGUCGGAGGGCACAUGACGUUUAGCGAGGCCAAGGACUUUUGCCGCAGUGAGAACGCGUCGAUGCCCUACGUGGAGGCCAACUACUACUCCGUCAUCCACUUUCUCCGCAACUGGCAGGAGGACUACGACUACUAUGACCGGGUUUGGGUCCAAGACGUGGACCGGUUCGGCCAGUGCACAGUUUUUGUGGCCAACAGCGUCCAGGAAGAAGAGUGCUCCUACCGACUUCCAUUCAUUUGUGAAACGGACCCCAAGAUCCGGAUUGACCCGUUGGCAUGGACGGCAGACUCUGUAAUCGUGGGUGCUUUGGUCUCGGUGUUCAUCGCUUUCAUCCUCAUCGUGUUCAUCCUCGUCUUCUGGUACACGAAAUCCAAGCAGCGUCAAGUGGAACGGUUGGAGAGGAGGAAUUCUGUCCGAGCCUCGAUCCGUUCCAGCAGGUCGCUCACGUCCAUGGGAAGCCUGUCCGAAGUCGGCUACCGGCGAAGGAUGGCAGAGAUCGUGAGCUCACAAAAAUCGCUGAACACGACGACAGCCUCGGCCGGGAACUUGAACAACUACAAUAAAAUGAACGGGAGUUUCGACUCGAUCGAGAAGAAUCCUUCAGCCUUCACGUCGUUGGACAACACGUCGUACGACUACUACGAGUCGCAAACCCCACGCACCGGGGUCUCCCAAGCCAGCUCACUCUUUGAUGCCGAAGGAGUUUCACGACACCCGAUGGGGCGACCCAGACCACGACCCGAGAACGGGAUCCACGGACUCCCAAUAAUCCCACCUCAACCUCCUCGCACCCAUCGAUUCAUGGUUCAGGCCGACGUUCUUCACAAGCCUUCCUUUGAUUUGACCUAUCACAAUCAGAACUUUAGGGAGACUCCAUCAAUGCCUUCCAUCCCACCCAAUAACGAGUUUUGGGGUACUCCUCGACCCCAGCAUCAUGAUCCCACCACCUCGUCCGCCAUCGACUUCCCACGAACGACUUCGAACGCCACGACAACGAUAUUUCCUCUCCACAACAACACCAACAAUACCUCGACGUCCACGGACCCCUUGACUGACACCGAGCCCAGCCCUCGCUCCGAGGGAGUCACGCCCAUCUUCCUCCGCCACCCGCUAAGUGGUCAUCCCAGUAACAGCGCCAGGGAUCCACAACAAUACCACAGUUUCGACCAGUUGGACGUGAACCGAAAUAAAAACAACCCCAAUGAAACUGGGCAACAAUACGUCCCCAACAUUUUCCCUGAACACGACCCCAAUCACCAUCAUCGACAGUCAAUGCCGCCCACUGCCUUCAAUCUGAACAACGAAGUAACACCGUCACAAAUGAGUCACAAGGAUCUGGGGAGGAGGAGUCCGCCGACCAAACCGACACUGAAGCGUCCCCUCCCCACGGCCUCAGACUCAUCCGCGGAAGACAUGGAGUUUGACCACACGCCGUUCAUCUCCGAGUCCCCGACGACAGGAUCUGAUGACCAGGAUCACGACAAAAAUCAGACUGGAAGUCGAAAGGCUCGAGUUAUAGAGACGAGUUUGGACGACUUGGAGGUGGACUACGAGUUGGAGGAGACGAUACGUCCCGUGAGCACAUUUUUGGAGACGAAUGUGGACGUGGACGAGCCAAUUCUUCCUCCGAUAAGGACAGCCAAGAGUCAAUACAUCCCCCACAUGAGCUCCUCCCCCUCGCAAAGCAGUUCCAGUCGAGCUGCGAGCAAAAGAGCUGCUCCGUCCGAAGACUUUAAAGCCUUGAGUAGCCGGAGCAAAAGUAUGCCUUUAGAAACUGAAAUGUAACGACAAACUUGUGAUAUUUCCGCACUGUCCAGAAAUGUAUCUCUCAGAUUUCCACAAAUGCACAAAACGAGAAACUGUUCAGCCCGAGUGGUAUUUAAAUUAUUGUGGUAUUUUUACACUGGUUUCGUACCUCUUUGUACAUUUACAAACUUUCAGAGCUUUCCGAUCAAUCAACUUGUAUUUAAUGUAAUUGAGUAAAACUAAGUUAAUUUGUAUCAUAAAUAGAAUCGUUACGUACAUAGCUAGCUAAGUAGAAUUAUGUAUUAUUGAAUAGUGACAAUUGCAUUGAUCUGCUGCAAUUAGCGAGAAUGUUAACAUAUCACGUAGCAAGCACAUUAGCACGGCACGCUAUUAACAAAGCGGAGCGCUUUUUGCUGUUUUGCUCCUUGAACAGAAAUUAACUGUAAAGUAAACGUAGCGUAAUAUAAUUGAUACAUAGAUUUCCACGUUCAUCAUGAUCAAGUUCAGCUUUAGGUGUUAUGUUUUAUUGUAGAAUUCUUAUUCCGUCGUCACAGUCUUCUCAUCUCACAAACUGCACCAGUUAUUUCAUAAAUAUUAUCCUCCAUGCAAUCCACUUCUUUCAAUGUGAUUAUAUACUCCUUGCACAGCUUUAAAUAUAUUAUGCUUAAAAGAACGGGCGAACAAAUUUUACCGAUUCAGAUUGUUAAAGAAUUAAGAUUAAGUAAUGCUAUGACCAACAAAUUGUAAGGUAUAAUCUGCAAAUAAAAUGCGAUCUCAUUUAUGGCGUUAAAAAAUCA